CCUAUUCGCGCAACGUCAUUUCUUUGUUUGACUUUUGAUAUUUGGGAAGGGUGGGUAUGCUGCAUAGUCUAUGCGGAUUCCUUUAACGCCAUAUUCUGAUUACGAUCAAGCGAGUUAGCUUAAACGCGCAUGUGGACACCUAGCUAUUCAUGACGCCUCAUCGCGCUGGCGAAGAACCUACAGCUAACGCUAUCACUUUCAUGACGAAUUGCUCCAUGGCGUUACCUGUAGCUUGAUCGAAUAGUUUAACAAAGUAGUCAAGCAGACGGAUACAUCAUGCCGGGCGCCGACAGUGCCUCUAUAUUCUCCGCCGCUACCACAGCACCUACAGUUGCCGAGACAAUCUUUCCCAAGGGACCAAGCUUCACGUUGGACAAUUUUUCCAGCCAAGAUUUCAUUGUCAAAGAGUUCAUCGAAUCGCUUUCUGACAGUGCAGUGCCAACGAACCGGCGAUCUGGGGCGUCGUCUCAAGCAUUCGAUCCUAAGCCUUUUAUUCGGACAUUCGAGUAUGCCCUUUCCCGUCUUGGAUCGUUAUCGGAAGAGCUGGAGGGCCAUGAGAAUGAGCUCUCAGCGGCAGUACGCCGGGCCGAAUUACAGCAUAAUCAGAACGUCGCCUCAUUAGGGAAGAAGCUCGACCAGACCAUUGCAUCCUUUCACCGACUUGAUACUUCGUUAAACGGCAGCGCAGGCGACAUUGGGCAGACAGAAGCUGGAGGAAAUGUCGCUAUGCGAAUUGGUGAGAGGUUGGAAGAGUUAGAUAGGCAACGGCAAAGAGCACAGGAUGCGCGGUUUUUGAUACUGUGCUGGCUAGAAAUUAGCGAACGCGGAGAGCUGGCCUCUCUGGAAGACGUUCGGAGACAAGGCGGUAGCGAAGGGAAGCUUCGAUGCGCACAUAUUGCCAGGCAAUUGCUACGAAUAAGCCAGAGACUUGAUCCAUCAAGCUGGGGACAUUCGAAUGGGACCAGCCGAGCGGUCAAUGGCGAUGCUGGGCCCUCAGGCCGAUAUAAUACAAAGGAGCUUAUCGAGAAGUUCCUUGAAACAUUGGAGAAGGAUUUACUCAAGCAGUUUGAUGACUUUUACAGGAAGCAGAGCCUUGAAGGGAUGCGGGAAUGCGCGAUUGCGUUGCGGGAUUUCAACGGCGGUGCCAGUGUGGUUGGACUGUUUGUCAACCAACAUCAAUUCUUCAUCGACCGAAGUCAACUGAUCAGCGAGGAAGUCAGCUCAGAUGCUGAGAUCUUGGAACGGUUGGCGGAUCCAGAUGCGGAACCACCAGGAGUCGAGCCGAGCCUGCAGUCGCUUGUCGAUGAAGUGAGAAUCGUGGUUCAGGAGGAAUCUUUUAUUAUUAAACGAGCUUUCCCUUAUUAUGAGCUCGUGCUCUCCAAGUUUCUUCAAAGAGUGUUUGAGCAAUCGAUCCAACAACGUCUUGAGUUGGUACUUCAAAAAGCGAAUUCCAUUUCAUCCAUGGCAUAUUUGCGAUCUCUUCAAGCUUCAAGGAGCUACAUUCAUUCCCUUGUAGAUGAUCUCAAGGCUCACGGCCUUACCGAGCACCCUGAAUCCAUAUCCUCCCAAACAAGCACCGUUCUAGACCAACAAUUUGACGACCUCUUUGUUCCCUAUUUUGUUGGAUCAUCCUACAUUGAACGAGAAAAAAAGAGUCUUGAAGAGCUGUAUUCCUCGUUGCUUUUCAAAUUUACUACAUAUCAUGCCCGCCGACGCAGAGUGCCUACUACGUUCAUGGCCUCUCUGGCGAAAUCUGGCAGUGAACUUCUUGCAACAGCGCGUGACGCUUACAUUGACCGCCUAGACUCGUCAGACCUCUCUCCGGCACAAAAAGCCAUGCUCCUACGAGUUGCGGGUUUAAAGGAGGGAGAUGCGAAUCAAAACAAGACCGACAUCGAGGUCUCUGAACAGGACGGCAUUCUCAGUAUUCCCAACGCCAAGCGAAUGCUCAGGUGGCUCGCAGAAGCUGUUGGCCGGAGUCUCGAACUUGGCGGAGGCAGCGACACUCCAAAGGAUGUAGCUGCCCUGCUCAACCUACUUUUAGCCAACAUGGGCGAACUCUACAUUGAGACCGCAUUGGAUGCGGCAAAUGACUUUGCUGCUUCACAAGAAAACAUCAAAUCUGAACCUGACCUUUCUUAUCUCCCCGAUCUUCGCAAUACCAUUAGUGUUAUGCAUCUUAUGAUUACAUGCAUCAAUACUGUGCUUGUGCCUCUGGCAGGUUCCAAGCUUGUCGUACGCCGCGACAUGGAACGCACCGCAACGCUCGCAAUUAACCACAUGGAAGAAAAAGUCAGCACGGUCAUGCAGCGGACUAUCGAUGUCAUUUUGGCAUGGGUCACCAAGUUGCUUGCCAAUCAGAAAAAGAUCGAUUUCAGACCAAAAGACUCUGACGGCAGCAGUGGAAGGUAUACAGAACUGUUGCAGACGCCGCCAUGCCUGUCCAUAUAUACAUUUGUUUCCCGCGCCCGAGACCUCGCCUCUCGGGCGUUUGACGGGAAAAAUCUCGAAUCAUUCACUUCGGAGCUCGCCAUUGGUCUUCGGAAUCUACUGCUCGACCACUUUAAGCGCUUCCAAGUAAAUGCCGCGGGAGGCUUAAUGGUCACCAAAGACGCAACCAAAUACGCCGAAUUACUCCGCUCGUUCCCCUUACCGUCCUAUUUUGCGCCUGCGAUUGAUGUUCUUCCAGAAAUCGGCAAUUUGUUCGUCAUUGGACCAGAAGCCUUGCGCGAGCAUCUUCGCGGCGCCAUUCCUGCCACUGGCACGGGUCCUAGUACCAGCAGUGCCGGCGCGGACGCUGGUGCUGGAGCUACCGGUAGUGUAACGCAAGGCGCAUCUGCAGGAUCGGCUGGGCCAGGCGGAGCGGGACGUACCUCUGCGCUUGUCACGGCGCUGGAUAGGAAUGAUUUGCGUCUGUACAUCCAGCGGAGAGAGGACGCAGGGAGCUUGGCCGUGCAGUCUAUUCUGCAGGCUUUGUAAUCUGGCGAUGAAGUAUGUCUGAAGGGUGAGAGUAAAUGGGAAUGAGGUCGUGAUAUUGGUCGCGCGACAUUAUAGUAGGUGGUCAUUACCAUUGUAUAAUUACAAUUGUAGCUAGGUAUAAUUGUAAUCUAAUUAUCGUAUCUGUUACAUUACAAUUACCCGUUACAAUAUAA